UUGCAAAGUUACUAAAAAUAAACAAAAAAUUUGGCUGUGAUCAACUAAUAUUGAUUAUGUUGGUUUUAGAAUAUUUUUGGUUAUCAAUAAUACAGCAAUAUAAUAGGUGGUGAAUAAAGUUAUGCUGCGCAUAACAAAACGUUUUGGUUGCAUCAAACACGGUCACGGAAGUAACCUGUAGAAACCUGUUCUUCUCGUGUUGCGUUGCGAGUAGGUACUUGCGAGGCGAGUGUAGGUCUAGGUAGUGGAUGUGUGUCUGUUGUGCAAUGUGCAUCGUCUAUGGCGAGCGGGAAAGCCGGCGUUUUCGAUUUUAUGCAUGAAUCAUAUAUCAUCAAGCAACGUCAAGAAGAUUUCAAGAAUGGAGCCGCCGCCGGUAGACGAGGCGGCAGAGAAAACGAUCUCGGACUAUCUGCGGUCUUGGGGAUUGGAAGCUUACAUUCCAAAAUUUUUGGAAUCCAUUGAUGUGGAGACUCUCCAAAUGUUGUCAGAGGCUGACUUGAAAGACUUAGUGCCAAUUAUUGGACACCGGGCUAAGCUGACGACACAAAUCAAACUUUUGACCAAUAUAAUGUCAAAUGCUUUUGAGAACACUUGUACUAAUACUACUCCGGACUCAAACAACCAAAUAAUGCUGUAUACAGUGGAAGAUUUGCCAGUUGUACAGACAUUACCUGAUGAAAAAUGGAAAUGAUCGAAUUUUAAAUACUAUUAUAGUGUAUGUAGCUAGGUUUGGCUAGUAUAGUGUGCUAGCUCUUUGUCUGAAUUAAUUAUAAGUUCCUACUAAAAUUAAUUGAUUUGAUACUUAAUAAAUAAAUAUAAUUGUAAAAAA